AUGUGGUCGCAUCUGUGGGCACAGUGCUGCUUGAUGCAACUGCUGUACCCACGGAAGGAGCCAGGACGAGGGACCCGGUAUGUUCGGGGGUCACCUCGUCCUCCGGAACAGACCACACGGAACGAGAACGAGAACGAAAGUGGACCGGAGACGGACCCGGGGAGCACGUGCAGCCGAAGGGAUGUAGGACGGGCUGUCCCGACACUCCAUAGCAUGCUUCGUAGCAGCUGCACGAGUCCUGUGCCCGAUGCCGCACGUGCACCCGCUGUGGAAGUGGUCCACGAAGCAGGUGCCACGGUGGGAGGUCCGUCUGUGACUCGACAGCGCGCUCAUGUCACAUGCAGUGUGCCCACACAGCGUGCAAGGGAAUGCGGGCGCGUUAUGGGCGUACACUGA